AUGUAUCAGACGGUGGGGCAUGAUGCGGUGCAAAAGAUCGCAGAGGCGAUGAACCUCCCAUUAUAUCGCAGGCAAAUUCGUGGAAAGGCUAUCAACCAAGGCGCCGUUUAUGGUGCCCGCGAUCCUACAAAGAAGCCUUCAGAUUUUGAACAAACAGAUGAAGACGAGACGGAAGAUCUUUAUCAUCUCUUGCUUCAUGUGAAAGAGAAGCAUCCUGACAUCGAGGGAGUAAGUGUAGGCGCGAUUCUUUCGAACUAUCAGCGAGUCCGUGUCGAGCAUGUGUACGUGUAUCUUCAGUUCUACUACUGA